AUGGAACAAAUCAAAAGCCAUAUGGACGAACAACGAAGUUCUACUCAGUCUGAAUCCAGUCAAAAUGCUUACGACAGCUUGCCGCAGGAGAUGCUUGACGCCAUAUACAAGCAAUUGUUUACUCCACAAGAUGUAGUAUUAACUCGAGUUGUAAAUUGGUUCCAUAAUGCGAAGGAUAAUAUGGAGCAUCCCGUGACUACCUUUACAACUGAUCAUACAUUCAAACCUCCACAAGGACUCGACUCGAACCCCGACAGCCGAAUCGUUACUUUGGAUAACUACACGAGAAUAUUGGGUCACAGUAUUCCGGAUUCGUGGAUCUACUUCAACUAUGAACUUGACACACUGUCAUUUUACCCUUGUGAAUACACACAGUAUGGGGACAAAACUUCUCGGAGCAUGCUAUGGGGAUUUCACUCGAUGGAAUGGCUCAAACAGCUGAAAGAAUUUCUCGAGCAGAAAGACAACAACUUAGCCGGUGUGCAAUCAAUAGCACUCAGCGAGUUCUCUUGGCCAGUCAGCCUGGAAGAAGAUCACGUCUUUUACUCGGAACAAGAAAAGAAAAUCGCUCGUAACCGCUCUAGUUUCAAAAACUUAGUCCACAACGGCUUUCAGAAUUUGAAGGUACUGAAAUUAGUGUUUUCUAAGGAUUAUGAUCUUAGGGCCGACGACGAUCGUCAUCGUCCAUUUCAAGCAGCAGAAAAGGAGAAAAUUAAGGAAGAAAUCAGAGGUUUCUUUGAGGAGGAAAAACUCUCUAAUCCUGAUUGCAGUGUACCUGAGAUUCUUCUCUACGAUUGUUUCGUGGAAGGUGUUGAUGGCGCUCCUAAUUGCAGAAAGUGGAUCGAUGAGCCUGAAGCGAAAUCGGCGCUUGUUUUCGGAAUCCCUGAAGUUUUCGAUGACUGA